AUGUAGCGAAUUGAAUAAUGAAUUCUAUUUGAGUUAGUCUCUCGGUCGUCGCACUACGUCCAGCUACUUCGAUACGUAGCUAAAAACAAUUAAAUUAGUUGAAGCGGUCACUGUGAAAUAAUAUUAUUAUCAAUUAAAAUGUGAAUGGUUUGCUUUGCAGAACACAGCGAUAAAUUAAAUAGUGCUAUCAGAUGUUGAUAAUAAGAAUGAAAAUGGAUUAACAAGUAGUUAUAAUGACUAUACUACUUUACGACUACAGGGAGCUGGAGGAAAGGGCGGCCAGAUACCUUAAUGUCUGGAAGGCAUGGCAUUUAAUAAUUUAUGCACUUGCCGCAAUUUUCGGAAUUCUCAAUUAUGUUUUCCUACAAAAUACUAUGCAACUCGUCGACAACAAUUGCGUAUUGUAUCCCCGAGACCUAGAAUUCCGAUUUAUAUACUUACCUGAUGUGCCAGAAAUAAGCUCAUUGAAUACAACAGGGACUCUUAAUGAUACAAACUAUACAAAACUCGAAGAUAACCAUAAAGCUCAAAAUUUCUCCGUCCAAGAAGAAAGCACAAAAUAUAUUGAAGAGAUAAAUGUGAAUCAACCAAACAUUACAGACACAAAUAUAACACAAAACAUAACUGAUACAAGAACUAUUUAUAACGACGUCAAUAUAAUUACUGAUUUUGUUGCAGUAAAUGAAACUCAUCGACUAGUUUUAGACACAUCUCGAACCCUCUUUGGUUAUGACGAUGACUGCCAGUAUGCUGAAUAUAUGCCAAUAAUGUCCAUGAUCUGCGCUGCUGCCUGGGCAACGUUCUUUACAAUGUGUCCUGGUGGCGGCUAUUCGAGAUCAGGUCUGCAACAACCGUGGCGUAUCUUGGCACCGGCCUUGCUUUUUUCCAUAGUUAUGGUCGGUCUUACUGGUCACAGUUUUAUGAGUACAAACCGAGGUCUAUACGCAUUCUGUUCAGCAUUUUACAACGUCACUAAUGCAACUACUUGCUCGUCCGCGAGCCCGUACCUGGAGCGCGCGUGGAACGCGUCGUGGUCAUUCGGCGGGCGUGCGGCCGCCACGCGCGCGGCCAGCGCCGGCGUGUGGGCGAGCUGGGCGUGCGCCGCCGCGCUGUUCCUCGCACGCUGCCUCGCCGCGCCCGACUUCGCGGUCAGGCGCACCGGCGUCUACCUCAAGGAUCCCCACCAGAUAAUAACACCAUAUUUGAAAAAGUCGAUAGGUAGACGUCCCUUGAAUACUUCUCCAAAUAAACGUGACACCGCUUCUAUUAGAUCAGAACCGACUGUCACCACGGAGCUCGUUACUGCUUCCAUGGAACAGGGACAGGAUACCGUACCGCCUUCCCCUCAAAUAACUCCUUUCAAACAAGCUAAUGGAAGAGAAGAUAUUGAAAUGACCGUGACACCAAAUCAAAUUAUUGUAAAGUAAUAAAUAAGGAAUACAAAACCAAGGCGGUUUGUCCAAAGUGGUUUUUACUAUAAGUAAAAAUAUAUACCCGUCUUUUAUUCUGUUAUUCAAUAGAACGUUUUACUCGAAAUAUUUAUUCUAAGCUUCUAAUUUAAGCUUAAUAAAUCAACGUGAAAAGUAAAA